UGUAGCAGCCAACAGUGGCUAAGCUCCUAGAGUUGUUUUGUUUGGCCAGUCCCAUCUCCUAUAAUGUGGAGAAGAAGGAUGUCAUCCUCUUCCUCCUCCUCCCCUUCUCUUCUGCACCUUGCUCUCUGCUGUGUUACCACUCUCUUUGCUCUUCAUUUCAGUGCUGCAGCCAAGCCUCCGAAGGUUGGUUUUGGCUAUCGCUUGGUUUCCAUCGAGGAGAGCACAAACGGAGGUGGAUUGAUAGGGUAUCUCCAAGUGAAGCAGAGCACCUCCACUUAUGGCCCCGAUAUCCCCCAUCUCAGGCUUUUUGUGAAGCACGAAACCCAGGAUCGAUUGAGGGUUCAUAUUACUGAUGCGGAAGAACAAAGAUGGGAAGUCCCCUACGACUUGCUCCCGAGAGAUCAGCCCCCGCCACCGGGGGCGAAAGCUUCGUCUUCUCCCUUCACGGCGUCGGAGUACGCAGGGGGCGAUCUCAUCUUCAGCUUCACCUCCGAUCCAUUCACGUUCGCGGUGAGGAGGAAAUCCAAUGGGCAGACGCUGUUCGAUUCGAGUUACGGCACCAUGGUCUUCAAGGACCAGUAUCUCGAAAUCUCCACUCAUCUGCCCAAGACAGCUGCACUGUACGGGCUGGGGGAGAACACGCAACCCGGUGGGAUACGGCUCCGCCCUAAUGACCCGUACACUCUCUACACCACCGACAUCUCGGCCAUCAAUCUCAACACCGACCUCUAUGGGUCUCACCCGGUGUACAUGGACUUGAGGAACGAGGGAGGAGAAGCCACCGCUCACGCAGUCCUGUUGCUCAACAGCAAUGGGAUGGAUGUCUUCUAUACAGGGAGUUCUCUCACCUACAAGGUCAUCGGAGGCGUGCUCGACUUCUUCUUCUUCGCCGGGCCGUCGCCUCUGGCGGUCGUGGAUCAGUACACUACUCUGAUCGGUCGUCCUGCUCCGAUGCCAUACUGGGCUUUAGGCUUUCACCAAUGUAGAUGGGGCUAUCAAAACCUGUCCGUGGUGGAAGGAGUCGUGGAGGGUUACAGAAACGCCCAAAUACCUCUGGAUGUGAUCUGGAACGACGACGAUCACAUGGAUGCAGCCAAGGACUUCACGCUCGACCCCGUCAACUACCACCGGCCGAAGCUCCUCGAGUUCCUCGACAGAAUCCACUCGCGGGGCAUGAAGUACAUCGUCCUCAUCGAUCCCGGCAUCGCCGUCAACUCCAGCUACGGUGUCUUUCAGAGAGGAAUGGCCAAAAAUGUGUUCAUCAAAUACGAAGGCAAGCCGUACUUGGCUCAAGUGUGGCCCGGACCCGUCUACUUCCCCGACUACCUGAACCCCGACGGCGUCUCGUGGUGGAUCGAUGAGAUUGCCCGGUUCCACGAGAUGGUGCCGGUGGACGGCCUCUGGAUCGACAUGAACGAGGCUUCCAACUUCUGCACCGGGAAAUGUGAGCUCCCGACCAACCAUUCGUGCCCGAUACCUGGAUCCACCACCCCAUGGGUUUGCUGCUUGGAUUGCAAGAACCUGACAGAUACCAGAUGGGACGACCCGCCUUACAAGAUCAACGCUUCAGGGUCUCGAGCUCCGUUGGGCUUCAAAACGAUAGCCACGAGCGCCACGCACUACAAUGGAAUUCUGGAGUACAACGCACAUAGUUUGUAUGGCUUCUCCCAAGCCAUUGCUACGCACAAGGCCCUCCAAGGCCUUCAGGGCAAACGCCCCUUCAUUCUUUCCCGCUCCACUUUUGUGGGUUCGGGAGCGUACGCUGCGCACUGGACGGGUGACAACAAGGGCACAUGGGACGACCUUCGCUACUCCAUUUCCACCAUGUUGAACUUUGGGCUCUUCGGCAUGCCCAUGGUCGGAUCGGAUAUCUGCGGGUUCUAUCCGGCGCCGACGGAGGAGCUCUGCAACCGCUGGAUCGAGCUGGGUGCGUUCUAUCCCUUCUCCAGAGACCACGCCAACUUUGCUUCACCGAGGCAAGAGCUGUACCAGUGGGCGUCGGUGGCAGAGUCGGCAAGAAACGCUUUGGGCUUGAGGUACAAGCUGCUUCCGUAUCUGUACACGCUGAACUACGAAGCUCACACCACCGGUGCGCCGAUGGCGAGGCCCGUCUUCUUCUCGUUCCCCAAUUUCACGUCGAGCUACGGCCUCAGCACUCAGUUCUUGCUGGGGGCCAGCGUCAUGGUAUCUCCGGUCUUGAAGAAGGCCGCGACAUCCGUGAAAGCAAUGUUUCCUCCCGGCACCUGGUACAGUUUGUUCGACAUGACCAAGGCUGUGGUGUCGCAGGACGAUCGCUUCGUAACACUCGAUGCACCUCUGAACGCGGUCAACGCGCAUGUGUACCAGAACACUAUACUUCCGUUGCAGAGAGGGGGAACCAACUCUAAGGAGGCAAGAACGACGCCGUUUACUCUGGUCGUUGCCUUCCCUUUCGGAGCCACCCAAGGAGACGCAAAAGGGAGCGUGUAUGUGGACGACGACGAGCGGCCCGAGAUGAAGCUUGCGGAAGGAGAGGCUUCCUUCAUCGAGUUCUACGCCACUGUUAGCGGGAGCACGGUGAAGGUGUGGUCGGAAGUGGAAAUGGGAGCCUUCAGCUUGGAGAAGGGACUGCUGAUCGAGAAGGUGUGUGUGUUGGGACUGCAGGGGAACGGACAGGGGCUCGUGGUGGAGGUGGAUGGUGAGCCUUGGGCUGAUGCUGCCGGUGCUCACUUUACCGAGUCUCAUGCAGUGAUGCAUCAAGCGAAGCUGGAGGGUGGUGGGAGUAAGAGAACCAGCAUGAUUGUGGAGGUCGGAGGGCUAUCGCUGCCUCUGGGGAAGACGUUCUCCAUGACUUGGAAAAUGGGGAUCAAGGAAUGAGUCGUGUUUAUGUGCAUCUAACUGGUGUUUACUUCUAUCUCCUAAUGCACCUCUGCUUCUUCUUCCUUCGUUUCUUUUUC